AUCUAUGGAACCUCUUUGGAACCUCAAUUUUCUUUUCUUCUUAAUAACAUCUUAUAAAUCAAGGUUUUUUUCUUUUUUUUUUCUGACUCAGCUGACUUACUGUCCUUCCACUUUCAACACCAUGCAAAGCAACUGCUUUUUUGAUGAGGGAAAAGUUAGAGAACAACCUUUUUUGUCGAAUUGAAAAGAUUCAACUCUGAAGGUUCACCCUCAACCUGAGCUGAGUUGCAAAAAGACAGAAGGAGUCAUGUCAGCCUUGCCUAAUGUGGAUGCAUCAGGGACAUCAGUCCUGCCGAGAGCGGCCGAGAUAUUCGUUGGCCAGGCUUUGCUGAGCAGCUCCUCUGCUUACUCUGUUAAGCAGUUCAUUGGUGAAGGCUGUUAUGGCAAAGUUGCCAGAUGUCUGAACAGGAGGACCAAAAGGGAAGUGGCUGUAAAAAUUCUGAAAACUGACCCUAAUUCUGGCCAGGACACAGAGAACGAGGUGUCCAUCUUAAAGGUCAUCAGUGUCCUAAACCCAGACCAGUGUAACAUAGUCAGGUUUUUUGAAACAUUUCAGCACUUAAGAUAUAAAUGUCUUGUAUUUGAAAUGCUGGAAAUGGAUCUCUACAAGCUGAUUCACGAGGUGGGCUAUAAACCCAUGUUCCUCUGUGCGAUCCAACCAAUUGCAAAGCAGCUGUUGGUUGCCCUGGAUGCCCUAAAGAGUCUGGGUGUCGUGCACACAGACAUCAAACCCGAUAAUGUCAUGCUUGUUAAUGGACACGAAAUUAGGAUUAAAUUAAUAGACUUUGGGUUGGCUGCUCUCGCCUCUCAGGUCCAGCCUGGCUGUAGAGUUCAGCCUAUAGGAUACAGAGCUCCAGAAGUAUCUCUCGGCCUCCCCUUCACCGAGGCCAUAGAUAUGUGGGGAGUCGGCUGUGUCCUGGUCUUCCUCUAUGUGGCUGAUAACUUCUUUUCUGUCACCUGUGAAUAUCAGAUGAUGAGGCGCAUUGUUGAACUUCUGGGUCAGCCGGAGGAUCGUCUGCUCUUUGCUGGCAUAUAUACUGAGAAGUUCUUCAUGCAGGAGGAGGCUGCUGGGGGAAAAACAUGGAGGCUCAUGACUGAGGAAGAAUAUUCUUUUGUAAACAACACUGAAGUUCAGCAGGAUUGGAGCUUUUUUGUGCCACCAAACUCUUUAGAUGGUCUAGUAAAUAUGUAUCCAAAAGAGGAUGCCGAACAUGUUGACAGAUUAGCUUUUGUGGACCUCGUGAAACGGCUUCUGGACCUUGAUGGGGAUCAGAGAAUCUCUCCCAGUGAUGCUCUGCAGCAGCAAUUUAUUACCAGGUCCCACCUGUGCAAGCAGUCUGACAGCAGGGAGUGCAGGGCCGAUGCAGAGGAGCUCGCAGAUCCAUCCAACAAACCCCUGCAGAGGUUUCAAAGAUUCUCCAAAGGAAUCAAGAAGUCUGUCUUUUGCUGCUGGUCCCCCGUUGUGGACCUAUGAGAACCCUUUAGCUUGACUGCACGGUUAUUUAGACCAAAUGUUUUGGUUGUCCUCUUCUUGUGAACAAUUUUAAUGAUUUGAUCAAAAACAAAAUGUAAAGACAAGAAAGA